AGGCCCUUAGAUUUAAUGUGUACAGUUUCGGAGGGAAGGAGUCCAGGUGCAAAACCCUUCUCGCUGCUCUCUCCGAUUUUUUUGCCUUUUUCCAUCUUACCCUUCCCUCCUUUCCAUUCCUUCCAUCGCCAUGAGCAGGUCAGGCCAGCCUCCGGAUCUCAAGAAAUACAUGGACAAGAAGCUUCAAAUUAAGCUGAAUGCGAACAGGGUUGUGGUUGGCACCCUUCGUGGAUUUGACCAGUUUAUGAAUCUGGUGAUCGACAACACCAUUGAACUCAAUGGCAAUGAGAAAAAUGACAUAGGAAUGGUGGUUAUCAGGGGAAACAGCGUAGUCAUGAUUGAAGCUCUUGAACCAGUUAGCAAAACGCAGUAACUGCUCUCCGGAUGGACUGCUGAGUUAGUGUAUCAUCUGUGAUUGUGUUGAAGACAUAGCUGGUAUUGUUAAUGGAUCAAAUUGUGGUUUGUUUUUGUUUAUCUUACCGCAUGCUAUACAUUCAGAGGCAGUUCACAUUGGCUCAUAUGCUGCUGUAAUGUAGAUGGAAAAAGAAAAAGAAAAAGAAAAGAUAAAUAGGACUUUUGCCAGUUAUGGUUGGA